AUGCGCAAAGCGGUUGAAGGUCGUAUGGGAGACGGCUUCUCUUCUGCAGGAUACCCGUCGACCAGAGUAUCCAUUUCCCAGCAGCAGCAUCCGCUUCACGAUCUCUUCGCCAAGACUAGCAGCCUCGUUUCGAGAACUCUCCCAGUCGUCUUACCCUUUAAUGAAGUCAGCACGACAGCCCUCGACAUGUUUACUAAGGAUAAAGAAUCCCAGAUUACGGCAGCAAAGAAACUUACAGACAAGUCUAGAUGGCUACGGCCAGAAGUGCUCAGGGCCUCCGUUGCAGAGGGUGCCCUGGUCGAGGUCAGGGCCAGCACUGAGAAGGUAGACGCCGGCUGGGCUGCUUUGGAGUGCAGAGUCGAGGCCAUCGAUAAGUCAAUGGACGGUCAGGAGGGCGAUUUACUUUUGACGAGAAAAUCCAGGUGCACACAUGUUCUGGGUGACUUCUACGAGGCCAGACAGGCGAUAAGAGAGUUGGAGUCGGGGCUGGAGUCGGUCAAGAGCUGGAUAAGAGACUUGGACCAGAUACUGGCCUCGGUCAAGAACCGCGUCGUUAGCUUGGAAAACUGA